GGACGCAUCUUGCCGGCCAGAUUUGUGAUUAUGGAAUCCAAAACUAACAGCAGAAUGGACACUGUGAACACUUCUCUCACUGAUUCCACAGAGAUGAGGACUGGAAUAAGCAGUUUAAUGGAAAAAUUUACGGACGAGUGUUUUGGGCACGGCAGGGUCUCCGAGCGUAAUUUUGGAGACGCGGGGUCUUUACGCAGCAGCGCGGCUGGAUCAAGCAGCGACGCUCUGGAUCAGCUAUCUCUGCUUGACUUGCCUAUCUGUACCAGAACGUAUACUGAUCACAUGGAUGACUUUCUGAAAGUCGAAAGCGGACAGUGGAGCGCAAAAGCGCUUCUGCCCAAGCACUCAAAUGUUUCGGAGAGUUCGUUUAUCAAAGAUGAGAAUGAGCAGUCUCUCAUUAUGGAGCCACCCAACACUGAUUUCGACCUCGGCUUAAACAUCAGCGCCUUUGAAAGCUGCUACGACCCAGCCGAAAAGAAACAGCAGUGUGAGUUUAUUGAGGAGUCUUCAGCUUUGCUCUCAUCUCAAGCUGCCCAGCAGGUAGCUGUGGACAGUUCUUCUAACUUUCAGUUGGACAUGAUUCAAUCUAAAUUGGUUUUGCCACCUCAGAGAAGAGUAUCGCCUUCUCUCGGUAGAGGUAUGUUGAAUUUCGAUGGAACGAGCGCAGCUACCAUGAUGCCCAAAACGGACAUUUCCAAAUGGAUUUCACCCAAGGACUCUCCGUUCUGGUAUCAGAGCACUAUUAUGAAUGAAGAGCACGCUGGAUAUUCUUCACCACAUGGGUUCAUCUCGCGCUCACACACAGUUUACACGGCAUUCCCAGGGUAA